AGGAAACUUGCUUGUGCAACACGUUGAAGUAAGGCAGAGAAAGUCUGUUGAAAGUCCGGUGUUGUUAUCGACGUGCCGCCGGGCUGCUUGACAUUGCUUGACAUCGACAUACUUAGACGCCUGACACUAUGGGCGCCUGUGUGUAGUAGAAACUCAACUUGUUCCCGCCACCUUUCCAAGUUCGCGACAAUGGCUCCUCCAUAUGAAGUCCGCAUGUCUAGCUCUAGGGGCAUCCCGUAUUUCUUCAACACCGAGACCAAGCAAUCCACCUGGGACGCACCUCCUGAGCUUUCCCAAGCGGAGGUCGACGCCCUUCCCGGUGCGGCUCAACACCUCCGGGGUGAACCGAGGCCGUCUCAAGUUCGUGCAAGCCACUUGCUUGUAAAGCACCGGGACAGCCGACGACCCAGCAGUUGGAAAGAGGCAAAUAUCACUCGAACGAAGGAGGAGGCUAUCGAGAUUCUCCGGGGGUACCAGGCAGAAAUAGGUGGCUCCAAGGAGAAGUUUAUUGAGCUUGCGACGAAACACUCGGAUUGUUCCUCUCAUGCGAAUGGAGGAGACCUUGGCGUUUUCAAACCUGGUCAAAUGCAGAAGGCAUUUGAAGAUGCCGCCUUCUCUCUUCCAGUCGGUCAAUUCAGCGAUAUAAUCAGCACUGACAGCGGCGUCCAUAUUAUUCUGCGAACGGCUUGAUAGUAUGGAAGAUCAUGGAUUGUUAUGUAGCAGAACUCAAAGGAUAUCAAGUGUACCAUAGGACAAGUGGAUGAUCUCAUGAAUAGGCAGGUUGUGCCUCAUGGUGCAAGUCCCAACGAUCAGUAAGAUUACAGAGGACAGCCGUACAGGACAGGUGAGGUGAACCAUCGAACUCGUUAACUGACUAUAUGUUAUACGAAUGUUCUCCAGUCCAGGAUGCCAAAGUGUGUGGGUAUAUGCACAUCAGAAGAGGUCAUGAGACUUCAAACCUUCGUACUUCUUCGCGUUGACAUCCUUCUUCGUCCUAUCUGCAAUUUUGAUGUCGAAUUCCAACGAUGCCUUCGAGCCUACACGCUACACAAGAUAGUUAUUAAUUUUAGAACGCGCGCGUAGGGCCUAGGUUACCAUGCCGGCCGGUUCAUAAAAGGCAGUCGUUCUUGCGACGUUCAAUGGCCCGCCGAAAUCAGUAUCGGCAUCUGCGACGACAGGUUUGUCGUCGAUGUUCACAAUCAUCCUGGCAGUGUCUGCUAGUUCCUUUGCAGUUAUAACGCUGAGGUCGAGUUCGCCGAUGACAGAAUCCGACGCGCCGGAUCCCGCAAGGUAUAUGGCAUCGAAACCAGCAGCACUAGCGAUGUGUGCAGAGAUCCCGUCAAAUACUCUAGGACAUACGACUCAGUCCUCUGUACAAGCGACGUAGUACACCGAUAUUUCUGUGGAGAUGUGAACAUAAGCACUUCCGUUCAUAAGUUGUUGGAGAAGCUGCGGUCCGUUCCCCUUGUAUGAGACCAGGGUACUAGAGGGGUUGGACAUUAUACGUAAGACUUUUGAUUCGCGUCGUGGUAUACAACAGUCUUAGUAGAAGGGUGAAAAAAGUUGAAUUUGGGAGUGUAAUCGGACUAUAUGUACGACGUUGAUUAAGAUCCAGGAGUUAUGAUGUCAACUAUGUAGGUGCGACUUGGAGCGUGUAGCUAAUUAUAGAAUAGCUAGUAAUAUGUUGCAUCUUAUCGCGAA